AUGCCGCGCAUCCCCGCCGAGUUUCUGGAAGCACCACUCACCCCGCCGCAGUCGAGCACCCCGCAACUCGACGCCCUCGAGCAACAGCGUCCCCUCACCCGACGCGUGGGGAGCGUCGACUUUAAUGACCUCGUCCACGACCAUGUCCUUGAACAUGAGCUCGACGAUGUCAAUGCUGCCCUGCUAGGCGCAGGACGUCCACCUCGUGCUCCACGAAGGAAAGGUGGUGCCAGAGCACGGUUGAGGAACUGGAGCAGCCAGUCAUUCCGCGUUGCUGGCGUCAAGCUACCAUACCCGCUCAUUGCGCUCCUGUCCGUUCCAAUAAUCAUCAUCCUCGUCUCCUUUACCCGCUCCACAUCCCCAACCUACCACCCCCACCUCCUCUCGAACGGCACCCACCUCUUCCAGCGCACAACCGUCCUCGUCAGCCUCGACGGCGUCCGGCCGUCCUACCUCCAGUCGCACUCAGCCCAGCUUCCCCACCUCCUCUCGUUGGAACGAAACGGCGUGUCGGCUCAAAUGCAGCCCAGCUUCCCAAGCCUGACCUUUCCGAACCACUGGUCCAUGCUCACGGGCCUGUAUCCCGGUGUUCACGGGAUUGUGGCAAACGAGUUUUGGACACAGGAGAGGGGGGCGUUUGAUUAUGGCAACCGCGACAGUUGGGAUCCAUGGUGGUGGGGCGGGGAGCCUAUGUGGAGUGUCGUGCAGCGUGCUGGGCGGCGAGCGGCCAACGUCAUGUGGCCUGGCCCACCGACCACAGCAGCAGGCAUCUCACCGCACCACUUUGUUCCGUACAGGCGCCUCUCACCCCACGACAAGCUCUCGCUUGUCACCCACUACUUUGACCAACCGCCAACAGAAGCGCCGUCUUUGAUCCUCGCCUACCUCCCGGACGUCGACCAGGCAGGUCACGCCGCUGGUCCAGAUUCUCAGCGCGUCACAGACGCUCUGGAGAAGGUGGACGAGUUUGUUGGCGAGCUGGUAGGCGAGAUUCGAGAGAGGAACAUGAGCCAUAUCGUCGACCUCGUUGUAGUCAGCGACCACGGUAUGGCCCAACUCUCCGCCUCCCGACUGCUCUUCCUGGACGACCUCCUCGGCCCCGACCUCUAUGCCGACAUUGCCCAUCGUGACGGCUGGCCAGCGUUUGGCUUGUGGUUCAACUCGGACGUCACCGACUACACGCCCCACGUUGCACAGCUGGAAUCCAAGAUGAACGGCAGCUUCUCAGUGUACACGCACGAGACUAUGCCUGAGCGAUGGCAUUUCGAGGGGCCCAGGGUGGCGCCCGUGUAUGUUGUCCCCGAUCUGGGGUGGGUGGUCACAGACCACGACGAGUAUGAGCGGUACAAGGGCUUCCACAUCCUCGGCGCGCACGGCUACGACAACACCUUCCCCGAAAUGCAGGCCGUCUUCUUCGCACUUGGUCCUGCCGCGGACCAGAUACGGGACAAGGUCGGCGCGAAUUCGGCGGCUGCAGAGGGCACUCUGUCCGUCAGUGAAGAAGUGGCAUGGACCGUGGACGAGGCGGCCGACGCGGAAACCUCAGAGCUGAGGAAGCGUGAGGUCGACGCCGAUGAGGGACAAGUAGGAGGCACAAAGCAGGGUUGGGCCUCUGUACACCCGCCUGUCAUGUCCACCUUCGCCAACCUCAACAUCUUCAACCUCAUUCUCCGCCUCCAGGGCGUGGAGGAAUACGCGCCGCCCAACAAUGGCACCCGCGGUUUCUGGGACCAUUACUUCUAG